GCGCCUGGUAGCCGAUCGGCAAAUCUCCCUUAACAUUGCGAUCGUAGGGACUUGUCUGUAGUGACUUGGUUUGAGCAAAUGCAUCACCACGUCGCUCAAAUAGCACAAGACUUCUGAUGAUGGAUGACGGGGAGUCGAGUGCUCCGCAGAAGCAGCACCAGCUCGAACCCUCACGGACUUCGCCUAAGCCUUCACCCCUGGUCCUGCGCGCUGUUGAAAACGACGGCACUCGAGAGUCUUAUACUCCCACAGGUCCUCCACCCGAGUCGCUCAAGCUGGAAAACAUACCACCAUUGAAACCAUCAUCACAUUCGGUGCCCGACAGCUCCUUCGACAGCAGCAUGGCUGACGGCCAAAGCAUCCUGGACGACAGGCACUCUGACUCGCUCGCUGAACAAGCCGUCCGCGAACACUUACAAGACCUCGACUCCAGCUUCGUCCCGCCUAUAUCGCCAAUACCCACGAUAGUCGCCCGAGGUGCCGCAGCCGAGGACGACACCUUUGUCUUUGACUCUCCGAAAAAGUCUUCAUCUACCAACGCUCGAGAGCCCAGUCCAUCCUCUUCGAAACCGCAGACACAAUCUGAUGGAAUCCCGAAAUCGAGCCCACCUACGCCUGACCCGAGCAAGAAUGCUUCAAAACAACCGACCGUUGAAGACCCUAGCCAUGACGACUCGCUCUUGAACGUACAAAAUGCGGUCGAUGCAAGCACGACAAGCGCCACUACAGCCUCGCUCGAAGCCUUCUCGUCGUCACCAACGGCUGCCGCUGCUGCACGAACGAUAUCGCGAGCUAUAUCCAGAGCCAGCAAUGGGAAGAGCGAAGGAGCCAGCCAUGCGGACGACAGUUUUUCUACCGACAACAGCGCCAUGUCAGAGGGGUUACGGAACAAUGACGACAAUGCAGACCCUGGCGAUUCGUCGGAACUGUCUGAGCGCCCUAAGGAAAAGCCAUACUUUCUCGAUGCUGGGAGCACACCGGGCAAUGCACUUCGUUCCAGCAGGCCCAAAUAUCUUUGGAGCCGAAACGCUAGCCAAAGGUCUAGCGUCUCCUCGUCUGCUACCAACAAUAGUUCCGUGGAUGACCGCGAUAGUGAUGUGACGGUCGGCCUCGGCACUGACUAUGCGCUUCAGUCUGGAGGAGCCUUGCCGGCUGCUGGGCCUUCCCGGGGAUACAGCAACAUGUCGAGAACGGUCAGUCUUGGGAGCAUGGCCUCUGGUCUUGAUGAUGAGCCCGUAGGACGUGUUAUGGAUCAACUUGAAACGCUUGACGAGCAUAAUGUCAACAGCUUUGGUCGUGAUCCCAUGCGAACCCCAAAGGCCAAGGGAUCGCUCGCGCCAACAGACACGGUCAUUGCCCGUCGCGUUAUGAAUGUCCACGUUCCCGAGUCGCUGGCGCGCGAGUACAAGAGUAAAGGUGGGCUGCAGACACCAAGGCGACAAUCGGAAAUGACAUCAAGUGGUGUGACGCCCAAACGAACUCUGACUCUCAAGGAGCAGAGCAGUACCAUCGAACGGCUGUCGAAAGAGAACUUUGACCUGAAACUCAAGGUCAUGUUCCUCAACGAUCGUUUGGACAAGCUUUCGGAAGAGGGUGUUAAGGAGAUGAUCUCGGAGAAUGUAGAGUUGAAGACCGGGCUGGCCGUCCUGCAGCGCGACAACAAGGUGCUGCGGCGGCGGGUCAAGGAGCUCGAGAAGCAGCUCAAGGAAGAGGACGACCGACCCAGCACUGCGAGGAGCGGUGCAUCCAGUGAGCAGGCAUCGGCGGCAGACCAAGAAGCGCAAGAGAGAGAAGAAGAGCUGGUAUACUUGCGCGAGCGCAUUGAGGAGUACGAGACCGAGAUCGACAGGUUACGAGACGAGAACCUGUCGACCGAGGCAGAGAAGAGGCGGAUGGCUGAGCACGUGCGGACGCUGCAGAACGCGGGCGAGAAGCAUGUGGGUGACAGCCUAGGGAGACAGGAGGAGGCCGACGUAUGGAAGGACUUGUUUGAGCAGGAAACCGCCCGGCGAGAGCAGGCGGACGAGGAGAACCGCAAGCUCAGGGACGAAGUUUUUCAGCUCAAGCAGCAAGUCACUACCAAUGUCGUCGGUCAUGGCACCUCCGGGUCUGGGAGGAUGCAUCACACUACCAACAUCUACAACAUUACCAAAGCCCAUCGGGCCACAUCGCCCAGCAGGCCCAUGUCGGCGUUCUCUGGCGAGGCGGAGAGCUCGAACGGCCUUGUUAGCGUGGCUAGCACUCUUGUCGAGGAGCUGCGACGUGAGGGCGAGGCGUUGCGCCAUGAGAACGCCGAGCUUCGGAGGGAGGUUGGUGCUCAGACGUCCAUGUUGACUUCACGAAACCGCGAGAAGGAGCGACUUUAUCAAGAGAUUGAGGAUCUCAAGCUAGCAUCUCGUCGUGGCGGCCCGGCACCAUCAACUAUCGACAGCCUGCUCGAUCGAUCUGCUUCACGAGCCGGAAGAGACAGGUCCGCGUCCAGAGUUAGUGUUGGGACGAGAGCCGUGUCUGGGAUCGAUGAAGCAGAACGAGAAGAGUUGGAGAACAAGAUGGCCGAGCUUCGCGACAAGAUUAACGAGUUGAAGCUCAACAAUUCAGACUUGCAGACUGAACUCAACAGCUGCACAGAAGACUUUGAAGCCGCCGUCGAGGCCAAGCGGCAGGCUGAAGAAGUUGCCCUGGGGUUGCAGGAUGACCUGGACACUGCAAUGAACGACCUGGUGGUUUUGCAAACAGAACGAGACGAGGCUUUGCAGGAGAACGACGCUCUGCAGGCCGAGUUCGAGGCUUUACGAAAGGAAGCACAAGAGGAGCUUGACGCCCUCGAUCAAGAGUUGGAAGUUAGAAACGACGAGCUCCAAAGGUUGCAGAUCGAACUUUCCGACCGGACCGAGAACUUCAAUGCCCUGCAGGACGAAAUGCGCAAGCUGAGCGAAAGCUUGGUUGGGCUAGAGGAUGAACAAGAGAAAAAGAUGAAGAUGAUUGCCGGCCUGGAAGAACAACUUGCCGAGGCCAACAAGGAAUCGGAAGAGCUUGAGGCCAAGCUUCUAGAGUCUAACGAAAAGGCACAGAGGCUCAGUGUGCAGCAAGAGUCUGGCCAGGAUGAGAUUGCCUUCCUGCGCGAGGAGCAGGAGCAAGACAAGAUUCGCAUUGGAGACCUCGAGGCGCAGAUCGCCACCGCUGAGCAGUCCCUGAAAGAGGCGCAUGAACGUGUUAAGGAGCUCGAUCAGCGUCUCGCCACGGAACGCAGACAACGCGAACUCGUGGCGGCUGCCGAAAAGGAAGAAGUCCAGCAAUUCGUCAACGAGCUCAACAGGGAGGCAUCGACGGCUAAGGACGAAGCCAAGAGACUACGGAAGAGCCUCAACAACAGGGAGAGGGAGGCCACUGAGUGGAAAGAGAGGCUCAUGGAGCUGGAGAACAACUUGCGCGAGGCACUUGGAGACCUUAAUGGGACUAGGUCUAGCCUACUUAAGUCCAUUGCGAAACUCCAACGUGAGCUGGAGGAAACAGUACAGGAGCUCAGCACCACCAAGGCAGCUCUCGUCGACAAGGACCGUCUGCUCAAGCAACGCGACGCUCUCCUCGAGUCGCAUGGCCUCGAAGCCAGGAAGCUGGCCGACAUGCUGGAAAAGGAGAGGCAGGCACACCGAGUGUCCAAGCACCAGUUUGAGACGUUCCAAAAGACCCAUCAGCAUAUCACACGUACAAAUAGCAGUCAGGAACAGCGCAUUUCGGAACUUGAGUCCACAAAAGCUCAGGACGGCCGCAAGAUUGCACAGCUUGAGCGCACGCUCAAGGAGCAACUUAACGAGCGCAACAACUUGCUGCUCGUGCUCUGGACCCGUCUUUCAGCUCUGUGUGGAAGCGACUGGGCACAUGACAACAGCCUCAUCAACGGGCGGGCCUUGCCCAGCCUGGAGGCAGUGGCUACGAUGCUUCCAGGGUUUAGCAAGAACCUCCUCGGCGCGGUUAAGACCAUCGAGACGAUGGUGGGUGGGUUCCAGAAUCGUAUAAAAGAUGUAGAGAAGCAGAUCUGGAAGGAGUAUCACUCGCUCGAGACGACGCUAGAGCAGCGUACCAAAAAGCUCGACAAGCUGGAGGCGGCGGUGCGGAGCGGCAUAGCGGCAGGUACCAUUGGAAUGUCAGUCUCGGAGCGAGAGAUGCAAUCUCGAUUAAUCAGACUGGAAGAUGCGUACCGUCAACUCAAAGUGGAGAACACGACCUUGCGCACGGCCAGCGAGGUACGACAACGUGCGGCUAAGAGCAGCGACAGUGUCGAAGGUCACAGUCCGUCGCCCAGUAUACCGACGGGCCCCAGAGGCGGGAGUCGCGACCGCGCCUUGCGUAACAGCAGCAUGGCACGGCGGCCGGUAACCGCGGGUGAUGUUGCAUUCGACAAGGACGGCAGCGGCAGGGAGGUGGCUCGGCCAGAAACGGCCCACGUAUCGGACACAGACCCCAAGUGGAUUCUUCGACUUAGGGAGAUGGAGAACAAGCUCAAGACGGAGCGCGAGGGGCGAGUGCAGGACCGGAGCGCGGCCAGAGAGCGAAUCCGCGAGCUUGAGGCGCAUCAGCGCACGACAGACAGGGAUCUGCAAAGGGCAAGAGAGAGGGAAAGGGGGAGACAGUGAUUUUCUUUUGUUCAUACCUUCAUACCAAUAUCGGAGCGUUUCCUUUGUUGUUCACUUUGGGCGUUGCAUUACUGAGGAUCGACAGCAUGGAAGAAAAGCUGUUUUGGCAUGUUUUACUUGUUUUGAGAUGUGCUUAGCUACCUACCUCUGAAUAGGUAGCUAGGUAGGUAGGUUUGCGAGUUUGAAUUAUUCAGCUUGUCGAGAAACGUAUAGAGGGUUUGCUGGGCUUGGUUACUGGUAUUAAAUUUGCCCUUUGCCCUGUAUUAUUCCAUUCAUUCAUUGCCUUCAAUCGAAUGGAAAAAGGCUGUCACAAGCCUGUAUUGUAUUUUAUUAUAUAAAUUAAACUCAAUGGAAUGUUUGUUAAUAGCAGGUGUAAUUAAAUACUAG